GGGAGAUCGUCCAAUUCGCGGCGAACCAGAACAUCGCGGCGGCGACGACGCGGCUGAACUUCACGUUCGAAGCGUUCAACAACAUGACGGCGCCGGUCGUCAUCGACACCUGGAUAACGUGGAACGAGGCCGGCGAGAUCACGCAGUACGAUGCCGUGUUCCGAUGGUUUGGACACCUCCUCCAGACGCUGCUGGGAAGCGUCGACCAGGACCCUAUGGCCGCGGCGAAGAAGGCCGCCCAGACGCUCGCGACCUCCGUCUGCAAUGCGCACACCAGCCACUGCAAUGGCACAAACUCGCAGUACGCGUCCCAAGACGAGUGCAUGAGGUUUCUGACAGAGGAGAUCAGGAUGGGCCAGUCGUUCGAGCUCGGCAGGAACACGCUGCUGUGCAGGAACAUGCACGAGAUCAUGCUCAAGUAUAGACCCGAUGUGCAUUGCCCGCAUGUUGGGAGAUCCGGAGGCGGCAUGUGCGAUGAUAAUACUUCGUACUUCAAACGGGUGCAGGAGAAGUAUUAUACGAUUUCGCCAUGGAUUCCGGAGCAGUUCUAGGGGAGAGUGGUGGGGUUGGCUGUCGAUGAUUCGUAUUCUUUGUCGUCGUGCAUAGUCGGCGGCGUUUAUUGGCUUUGUGGGUGGUACAAUUAGGAUAUUCGCGUGCGCUACUUCUACUAAUGUAUUUUGUUCAAUGUUUAUUAAUGCCAAGACUGUGUUACUCGAACCAUGUUGGGAAUGAGUUGAACAGGAUUUCCAUGAAUUGGUGUACUGUGUAGGAAUGGACAAUCUUCAAAGCGGAUCUGCGGAGGUUCUCAUAUGAACUUACACUCCAUGGCAGUAGAAGUCGCUAGGAAAAUGUCAACUCAAUCAACUUCAAAUGCAGAAAUAGGUUCAGGAAACCAAUUGCGGGAGUCCGCGCUCG